CCUGGGCCAGGGCGGGGGACCGCCCCCUCUCUCUCCCCUGCCCGCCCGCGGGUCCCCACAGGGUCACUGUCCCCCUCUGCCCGGCGCCCUCGCAAGGUGUGUGGGCCCCGGCCUCCCAGCACCAGCGCCAUGGUCAUCAAGGUCUUUGUCGCCACGUCCUCCGGGUCCAUAGCGAUCAGGAAGAAGCAGCAGGAAGUAGUAGGCUUCUUGGAAGCGAAUAAAAUCGACUUCAAGGAACUAGACAUAGCUGGAGAUGAAGGCAACAGGAAGUGGAUGAGAGAAAAUGUCCCUGGAGAGAAAAAACCACAGAAUGGGAUCCCUUUGCCCCCCCAGAUCUUCAAUGAAGAGCAGUACUGUGGGGCCUCGGUGCAGGUGUGCACGAAGGCCUCUCUUGCAGCGCCACUCACUCAGCUGACCUACAGCACCGCUGAAAGCACAGACUACAAGCUCCUGUGA